CGCCCGGAUACAUAUUCAACCUUUACAUCCUCUAUUCUACUGUGGACUCGUUCCUUCCCUCCUCUUCCUCUCCUCUUCUUCCCUUCCUUCUCAGUCUUCACAGUCCCAUCUUUCUCUCCACAAUCUUACUUCAAUAGAAGGUUACACGCGUAGUACUCCUCUUCUCUUGUCUCGCAAUAUAUAUCUUUCUUUCUGUGCCCCCAGGACGGUAUCAUCCAGCGUCACCAUCUCUCUCGGUCUCAGACAACCCCAUAGGACUGCUCCAUGCGAAACUAAAGCCGCACUUGUGGAAUCUGUAACCAUUUCGCUGGUUAGGAUUCCUUUGACAGCUGCUGCCGUUAUUUCCUCUGCUUCCGCCACCACAUACGUUGAGGGAGUACGCUUCUCUCAUGGUUCCUCUUUUCCUAACACCCCCGGAUUUGGCAGGCGCGACGGAAACAAGAUAGCUCACCUGGACAGCACCUAAGCACAGGCUCUUUUGCAAACGAUUUCCCGCGACUGGGUGGUUACCAGUGCCACAUAACCAACAAUGUCAGCCCAGGAUGCUAUAGAUGAAGACGAGCUGUCAGAUGUUUCGAUGUCAGCAGAGACGGAGGAUUCGGAUUCAAGCGACGAUGAAGAAAUGGAUGCGCCUGCCCCCGAACCCGCCAAACACGGCUCGAAAACUCAAAGCCCGAUUGCUGCCUCGUUAGAGAACACCUCGCGGAAACGCAAGGCCCCAUCCGACAGAAGUGACUCUCCAGAGGACAUACCACAGGGAAAUAGGGAAUCUGGCCAUCCGAAGCGUGUCAAAUUGGAAUUAUCCCCAGAUGCGACUCUUGGAAGCAUUCGAACCCCGGAAGGCCGAUUACCAUCCGAUAAGUCACUGUUACCCACAGAAGUUUGGCAUCACGUCUUCACUUUUGCGUCGCCAAGAACUCUAGGUCGCUUGUUGCGUGUCAACAAGAGAUUUAGGGCAUAUCUUGAUCCUCAGUCCCCAGCAAGUACUUCUGUUAUUGCUCCUUUGUCCCGCAGCGUAGUUCCACUACGUCAACCAGAAGUUAUCUGGCAGGCCUCAAGGAGAUUAUUUCGUCCUUGGAUGCCCAAUCCUUUGAAUGAGAUGACGGAGCUUGGCAUGUGGAAACUUUCUUGUAAUUUUGUUUGCGACUUCUGUGAUAAACGACAAAAUCCCGUCUGUUCUAUAUCUCCAGAUCAGUGGCAUUCUGGUCCUGGUGAGGCUGGCGUUCGUCCUAUUUGGGCAUUUGCCAUUCGUGCUUGUGGGCCUUGUUUGCAGCUCCGAACUAUCAAGGAAAUUGAUCUCCUCCUAUCCUCGUCGGUGCCAUCACCGCUUAUGGCCGCACUCCCCUUUAUAUUUCUCACCGCUGAGCUUCACGUUGUUGCCUCAACAACCUUGCAGCAAGGCCAACCGCCUACAAACAUGCAGAUCGGCAAAUACUUCUACAAACCCCAUGUCGAAGAUAUCAAACAAGAAUUUUUCAGAGUGAAAGCUUUAGGCUCGGGAACUGCCGAAGAGUGGAUUAAAGGACUUGAAACCCGUGGAAAGGACAAACGCCUCGAUCUAGUGCGAUGGGAAAGGUGGGAAUCUUCUGGAGGCCUACAGCGUAUGCGGAGCAAGGAGCCAACGGAAGUCAACGGAACUAAUGGAAAGGUCGAUCUUCGACUACCAGCGGCUGUGCCCAUGCAGCCUGACUGUCACCCUAGCCAUGGACCACCUGGACUUUCAAAAAUCCCGGUUCUUUCCAAGGAGCAUCUUCCAAGUACUCAUAGGAUGCUCCCCAAGAAUACGCAUCUUCUUCCGCAGGUGACCCAAUUCCCAACUUUACCACAGCUAUUCGAGUCCCCUUCGAAAAUUGGGUUUGGCCCAUUUCCACGUUCAUUUCCUCCCCAAACAAGGCACGAACGGACGAAAGAAGAGGCCGACAAGUUGAAAGCGGCUAGACGAGCUGAAAUAGAACGCCGCUGUCUAUUACUUGACCCUCCGAUCACAGCAAAUGUAUUGGCACACAUGGCCUCUUUUCAGGCCGCCCUUCAAAUAAUCAAGCCGUUUAAUGAUAGCGCAUGGGAAAUGCUUAAGCCAAGAUUGUUAUCUCAACGCGCCGAUGCCCAACAGCGGGAAGACGACCGUGAGGAACUUACUCAAGCUGUUCGAGUGAAGUUGGAUGAGCGACUGUAUCAAGAUGGGCAAGCCAGGGAAGCCAAGGAAUUCGUUGACCGUGUAUGGGAAGAUGUACAAAGUAUAGUCAGAGCUCGUACUGGCGCCUAUGCCGAUGAAAUCAUCCGGGAUGGCUGGGCAUUUGGUAAGAGGGUCAAUAAGGAAACCAGCCCAAGGUUUGCCGCCGAGGUUCUUCUCUAUGUCCGCAAGAGGUUUUAUGCGGAAAUUGCCAAAGAAGAUGCACAAUCCAAGGCCACUGGACAAGAAUUGCGAGCGAAUUCGCCAAGUGGAGUUGGAUCUAGGAAACUCAGCCUGGAGAACAUGAGAUGGGUUUUUGAUAUGAAAAUCAAACCACAUACAGAGCAAUAUCGUAAGGAACUUUUUCUCUGCAACGGAUGCGAAAAUUUCAAAUGGUACGCAUUCGAAGGGGUCUGCCAGCAUUACGCUUCGAAGCAUACGAGCGAUCUUAGUUCUGGCAGUAUUAUUGUUCACUGGAAGGCCGAGUGGCCCGAAGAACCACCAUUUAAUCCAGAACCAAGCCUCGAAAAGGGUGCAACUGUGCCAGCGACAUCAUCUGUGGCUCCAUAUAUGAAUGGUGCAUUAACUGCAACUCCGGUGUCAACCCAUGGUGGGUACCAGACAGGGGUUGCUCCCAUACCGCCGAAUCCACACAACUCGCAACCUUUUUACAACUCUACUCCGGGUCAGUAUGCGGAUCCUCACCAUGCUUUGGACCAAUACACCGCCCAGGGGCAGGCCACGUACGUACCUCCAGCUUCUUUCCAGGCCUAUCCAGGAUUUCCAGGUCCGCAAUACCAGGCACAACAGGAAGCUGCUUAUCAGCCCUAUCCAUACUCUGGUUUUGAGACGCCGUAUUCCGGUGCUCCUCCUGUGGUAUACGAUACGUCACAGGCAACCCUUGUAUAUCAAGGUGCCAAUUUCGAGCCGCCGGCGUCUGUCCAGACUCAACACUCUGUACCUCCUGAAAUUCCAAGUCACAUCCCUCCUAUCGUUUAUAGGACCGAAGAGUAUAAAGCGCAGCUACAAGAUAUUGCGCUUAUUGCCAAGAGACUUUGGAGCAGCACCUCCGGGGUUAAGGAUAUGCCUGGUGGCGUAAGAGUUUACACCAUUCUCUACCACAUUCUACAACGUUCUCGAGAAAAGUACGCAGACGAUCCGCCAUUAAAGAUGCUCAUUGAUGGCCUCCAAAACAAUAAGGACAUGAGGCCAGUUCGCAAUGUCAACGGGCUAGCCUGCAAGACAUGCACAAUUGAAAGAGCGAACAAGCCAAUUAACCCCCACACCGUGUCUUCCAAAGGUACAAGCGCUGCAGACAGGAAACUUUUCUCUUUUCCUCAAUUACUCAACCACUUUCAAUCAACUCACAUUGAGAAUGCGAAGGCAAGCGCGCCAAGCCUGGACUGGACCAAGGACAUGGUCGAGCUUCCGGACAAGAAGAAAAUGAGAAACUUGCCCAAUGCUAAUGGCAUGGACGAUUAUAAGCUCCAACUAAUCAAAGAGGCCCUACCUGAUGCCUUCAAACCUGACACUCCUGAGCCGGAAGCAGAAAAGCCUCAGCCAUACGACAUGGGGGUUUCCCGAGAGAAUAGCCGUGAGCUUGCACCUUCGAAGGACAACCAUGAGCGGUAUUAUACUAUGCCUUCGCGAACGAGCCCGUCGCCUCCACUGGAAACACGCCGUCCGCCAAUCCAUGCAGUUGGUCAGCGCGGCGGCGAUUCCCCUCACAUGGUGCCAGAUCGCAAUGAUAAUGCGGCUAUGGGCUAUACGGAACGGAGGGUUGCAUCUCCCGUGGGAUACAAACGCAUUAAACGAGAAAUUUACCAAGUUGACAGUAUGAGCGAUUAUUCGGCAGAACCUAGACCCUAUCCCCAGCUCGAAGAGGUUGGUCGACGCUCUAGGAAUGCUCGCAGUCGAAUUAUCAAUCCCACUCUUCAAGAUAUCCCUUUACGACCAGAGUACAACUAUGAAGAAGCGAACCUCCUACCGCGCUUGAUUGAGAAAGUAGGCAUGGUCGCCAACCCAUCAUCUCCUCGGUAUCAAGAGCGCUAUGCGAGGCGAGUUGAUGAUAGCUACUACCGUGCCGAAGAAUCACGUCCUCCUGCUACGUAUGAUUACCCCAGGAAACCCGAAAUUGCUCAACAGCGGCCCAGACCGGACACUAGAGGUGCUGGCUCAGAAGAUGGGGAGGUGAGGAGCCAAUUGACGCCAAGUGAAAGCGUAGCCGCAAAAGAGGUCCCCGCCGACGCCAAAAUUGCCGCAGAGCAGUUUCUGGAUAAUAUAUUGCCUGCAGGUACUGGUGAAGAUGUAGCAACGAGUCCAGACAAUGGCCAGCACCUAAACGGGGUAGAUGCGAGAGCACAGUGGGCACCUGAGCGAAGAGAAGGCAGCGUGCAGCCACACAUGAUGGAACCAGUUCAAAGAGUUCAAUAUGGCUCGCGCAACGAAGAGUACCGGCUCAUUAAUGGGCGAGCGGUAACGCGAAACAGAUCACUCUCACCUCCACAUAUGCGACCAAUUCCUGAAACGGCAGGUGCGAGGCCGCCCCAGUACUUGCCCUACGGGUAUGAAGACCACAUAGAGGCGCCCCGACAGUAUUAUGCCGCGCGCCGCACGUCUGACAUGGUCGACCGCCGCUACGUUAUGGACGAGAUGAUCUACCGCGAUGAGCGCCCUAUCAACCCCGAUGCCCACCCUCGCAAGAGCGCCCGCUACGUCAGCUAUGAAAACCUUCGCUAUGAUGAUGAAGUCCCCCGCUCCCACUCACCCGUGUAUAUCACGGACCGCCUCCCAGAGCGCCGCCAAUACCGCGCCCUGACGCCCGGUGGAAGACACUACGCCCCUCAGGACCCGAUAUACGAACAUCACCGAGCACCACAGCCACAACAGCCCAUGGAGCAGGUGGCAUACGAGCGCGUGCCCCGUCCGGAGUAUUACCGCGUGUAUCCCGACGAGCAGCCGCGGCGACACCCGAGCGAACCACAGAUAGAGUAUGUGCGUGCGGACGCACAGGGGGAGUAUGUCGUGCAGCGCUCGUCUCUACGAAGAGAGCAGGAGCCCAUCUAUACGUAUGAUGGUGCCCCGCGGUACGAGGAGGUGCCGCAGAGGUACGGGGAGGUGAAUAGGUACGACGAACCGCCGCCGCCGCGUCAUCAGCGACAGCCGGUGUAUGAAGAAGCGCCACAGAGGCCGGUGUAUGAGCGUGCUGGCGCUGGUGUGCUGCCCAGCACCGCCGCCGGGAUGUCGAGAAACGAUCCCGAGUACUAUGAGGAGUAUGAUCCGCACCAUCCGGCACCGCUGCCGGAGGUGUCGCAAAGGCCACUGAGGUAUAAGUAAAUACUCGCCUCGUAGCCAUAUACGUUUGAGAGGGGCUCGAUCCAGUUCCGCCCCUUCUCUCUUUUUCUAUGUUUUUUAGGCGCGCCAGUUGUAAACGGCGAGUUAAGUGGGGGGAUAUCGGUUGUAUAGAUUCGCGGUGGGAAAUGGGAAAAUGCUUAUCUUGCUGGGACUGUACAGUACUUCUUUCUACUUCUUGGGUGGUGGCUGUUUUUGGGGAUAUUUUGACGGAAGGGAAUAUCAAAAAGAAAGUGGUUUGCUUUUGGUGUAUAUCCUGUACGAGUAUAUUUCUGGAAAAAGGGGGGGGUUGCAGGCGGGAGUACAGCGAGAGAAAGCAGGCAAGGCGCGUUUGGGGAUUCUGGGGUCUAUAAUUAAGAUGCUAAGUUUUGGCCCCCACUUUAAACCCAAGUCUUAAUAUUUUAAUGACUAAUCGUUGGUUUCCAAACCACCGCCUGGAGGCGGUUGGCGAAAGCGAUCCUUGCUGCGAAAGCGAUCCUUGCUCUCUCGGCAAACGCGAGCGCGUCCAAUGCGACAUCAGGACAACGCGACUAUCUGGACAACAAUUGACACGUAAAGUUACAAUCAUGUCAAUUGAUAUAGCUAGAAACGAAGCUAUUCAAAAAGCAAUUGAUUUCCUAAAUCAGAACCCAACGGAGACUAUCGCCGCAGCAGCUAGAAUCUACCAUGUACUCCCAACCACACUCCGUAUGCGACGCAUGGCGCAACGCCAACCACCAAAGCCUCGCGGAGGUAACAACAGAAUACUUUCAGAUAUACAAGUUAUAGCUAUACAAAGAUACAUUCAACGGUCAUAUGAAAAUGGGUACGGUGCAACGAAGCCAAUGGUGUUUAAUGCUAUCUGCCAACUACUAGCAGCUGAAAUCCCGACACAUCCACCACCGUCUCAACGGUGGUUCCAGACUUGGAUUAAGACUCAACAUGAGACUCUCCACACCAUUAAAACCCGGCCAAUUGAAGCAGCACGUGUUGCUUCUCAUGAUGUAUCAGCUAUCAAAGAAUGGUUUCAUGGAUUCAAAGAUGUGUGCAAUCAAUUAGAUGUUACUGCAGCUAACAUCUACAACUUUGAUGAAGUUGGGUUCCGAGUGGGAAUGAGCACCGGUGAACAUGUGUUAGUGCCAACAGCAGUAAAGGAGCUUUAUAUACAAGCUCCAGAGAAUCGUCAAAGUCUCACAGUAAUAGAGACAAUUUCAGCUGCUGGCAUUGUACUUCCACCGUUCCUAAUAAUUCAAGGAAAGCUUCAUAUGGAAAGUUGGUACCAUGAUAAUCUACACGGUGAUGAGAGAGUUGCAGUAUCAGAUUCAGGAUAUACAAACUCUGAGCUCGCAAUGGAAUAUCUACAGCAUUUUAUUCAACAUUCUGCACCCUCUACAAAGACGAAGUUGCUUAUAAUGGACUCUCACAUUUCUCAUGAAGUUCCAGAAUUUAUAAUACUUGCACAUCAAAACAACAUACAUUUACAUGUAUUCCCUUCUCACCUUACACAUAUACUACAAC